AUGGUUUUGUGCAAUCCUAUACAAUAUAAUUAUUCAUUACAAGAUUACAGUAAUAAUCCCGCGGUCAAGAAAUUACAGGAAUAUAUCAGGAUAGACUCGAGCCGUGAAGAAAAUGUCGAACUAAUAGUUGACUUCUGGCAGAGGCAGGCAGAGGAUGUUGGUCUUUCAUUUUCGGUGUACAGACCAGCUGUGUUGCCUAUAUGUGUACUUACCUUAAUAGGUAGUAAGCCUGACCUGCCUAGCAUUAUGCUAAAUCAUCACGGAGAUGUGGUCCCAGUAUACCAAAGCAUGUGGAAGUACCCUCCAUAUUCGGCACAUAUUGAUGAAAACGGAGACUUAUAUGGACGAGGAGCCCAAGACACGAAAAGUGUUGGAAUACAAUAUAUUGAAGCUGUCAGAAGAAUAAUUAAAAAUAAUGUAACGUUAGAAAGGACGUUGCAUCUUACUGUUAUGCCAGAUGAGGAAUACGGCGGUAGCAAAGGUAUAAAAGCUUUUAUGUUGACGGAUGAUUUUAAAUCAUUAAACAUUGGGUUCGCUUUAGACGAAGGAUUUACUUCUGAAGAUGACGCAAUGCUCGCGUCUUAUCAGGAUAAGAGACCAUUUCAGGUGCGAUUCAAUAUUGUCGGCCAAGGUGGUCAUGGUUCAGCAUUGGUGAACGGAAGUGCUAUAGAAAAGGUGCAAUAUUUACUGAACACCGCCUUAGAAUUCAGAAAGGAACAGUUGAAAAUAAGAGACGCAACUACAAAACUCGAUUACGGAUCAUACACUACUAUUAAUAUUAAUAUGAUUGAGUUGGAGUCCUGGUUAUCAAAUCUCGGUGAUGAUUGCACCAUGGAGUUCCUAAGACGAGAUGAGUAUUCACCAGCGACAGCUGUCGAUAGCACCAAUCCAUUCUGGAUAGCGAUGAAGGAUGCAUUGAAUAAUCGUGGCAUCACAGUCAUACCUGUAGUUUUACCAGCUACAUCGGACAUGUUGGUUUUACGAGAGAAGUUCUCCAUACCAGCCAUUGGAUUCGCUCCCAGAAAUAAUAUGAAAAAUAAAAUUCACGACGCCAACGAAUACAUACCUGUUAGUGAUAGGUUGCUGGACAUCCCAUGUAACGUGUGCGGUGAUAGAAGCUCUGGAAAACAUUAUGGCAUUUACAGUUGUGAUGGUUGUUCAGGAUUCUUCAAGCGGUCUAUCCACAGGAAUCGUGUGUACACUUGCAAGGCUGGUGGUGAGAUGAAAGGUCGCUGUCCAGUAGAUAAGACUCAUAGGAACCAGUGCCGAGCCUGCAGACUCGCUAAAUGCUUUCAGGCUAACAUGAACAAAGAUGCUGUUCAGCACGAGCGGGGUCCUCGGAAGCCGAAGCCCCACCCGAGUGUCCUGGGGUCACUGCCGCCCCCACAUGCCCAUACACACAAGCCCCACGCUCUCAAACUGUCGCCUCCAUCGCCCUACACACCUAUACCACAGCCUUUCAAUUUCCAGUUUAGUAUAAACGGCAUCGCUGACUCCGCGCCUCUCAGUACUGCUUCAUCAGCUGGCUCCAGCGGUGCGGGAGGUGCUGGGGCAGUGAGUCCUCUGCCUCUCAUCACGGAACAGUUCAUAGCACCUCCUCCACCAGGCCUCUUGCAUAUGCUCAUGUCCAGCGAUAAAUGCCAAGAAUUAAUAUGGAGUGCGAAACAAUUACAACUACAAGGCGACCCUUCUCUGUUACGACCUCCGCCGAAUGCUUUCGGAGCGCCCCUAGCACCAACCUGGGAGUUAUUACAGGAAACAAGCGCGCGUCUUCUAUUCAUGGCGGUGCGAUGGGUCAGAUGUUUGGCUCCAUUCCAAGCGUUAGCAGCAUCAGAUCAGGCUGUAUUGCUGCGUGCUGCCUGGAAGGACCUGUUCGUGUUGCAUCUCGCACAGUGGUCCGCGCCAUGGGACCUCGCGCCUCUGCUAGCGGCCCCCGCUGCCAGAGCUAGACUACCCUCGGACCCGUUGGUUGAUCUCGAACUUAAUACACUACAGGAAAUUCUUUGUAGAUUCCGACAAAUUGCUCCCGACGGCAGUGAGUGCGGCUGUAUGAAGGCUAUUGUUCUUUUUUCACCGGACACGCCAGGUCUAAGCGAAACACAGCCAGUGGAGAUGCUGCAAGAUCAGGCUCAGUGUAUUCUGGCCGAUUACGUAAGGACGAGAUACACCCGUCAGCCUACCAGAUUCGGCCGACUACUUCUCCUACUGCCAUCUCUACGUGCUGUCAGAGCUCGUUCUAUAGAGUCACUUCUGUUUCGGGAGACAGUUGGCGACGUGUCCGUGGCGACUCUUCUUCAUGAUAUGUAUCGCAUGCAGCCAGCGCCGACGCCGGUACCAGCCUUCCAACCACCGAACUGUUCUUCGCCUUAA